UAUAAGAAAAAUGUAAGUGUUGAAAAAAAGAAAAGAACAUAGAGGACACUUUGAGUGGGAGCUUCAGUUUCCUCUUAGCACUGCAAAAACGACAACAAUGGAGGAGUCAAGGAAAGGAACGGUUACCUCAUUCGCGUCAAUAUUUCCCGUGAACGAAGCACAUAAAGCAGCAAAAAGAGUAGAGGAAGCAAUUUCAGAGAAGCAAAAUGAACUCGUAAGCCUUAAUCAAUUCAUCGCCGAUAACAACAAUCUUAUUAACCUGAUUACUCGCCUCCCCGAUCAACUCCACCAUGACGUCAUGGUUCCUUUUGGAAAAGCUGCUUUUUUUCCUGGCAAAUUGAUACACACAAAUGAGUUAGUGGUUCUUUUAGGAGAAGGUUACUAUGCUGAAAGAACAGCAAAGCAAACAGCAGAGAUUCUGAAAAGGAGAGGAAAGGUUUUGGAUUCUCAAGUUGAAUCUCUUAAGGCUAAUAUAAAGGAUCUUAGAGCUGAGGCUUCAUUUUUUGAUUCUACUGCUUCUGAGACAGCGGAGGGUCUAGUGGAGAUAAGGGAAGAUUAUGUCGAAGAAAGUUCUAGUGAAGUACAGUCUAAAGUAGGGACAGAUGAUAAGAAGGUUGGAGUUGAAGAUGAUGAGUAUGCUCGUAUGAUGUCCAGGUUUGAUGAACUUGAGAAAGAAGAACUCGAAGCUGAAGGCGACACUGAGAUCGAUGAAGACGAUCAUGCUAAUACAGCUGAAAGUGAUAAUGAGAGUGAUACAAAUGAGGACUCUGAUAUGGUUGAAAGUGAUAAUGGUAGUGACAAAGAUGAGCAAACUUAUAGACCUGAAAGGGGCAGUGACAAUGUUGAAAAUCAUCAUUUUUCAUCUGAGACUCAUUCAGAGAUAAGGAAGCCCCAAAAGCAGCCAAUAGUUGAAACUGCAACUAUUGAAACAUUAUCAAAUAAUUAUCUCCGUCAAUUGGACAUAGCUGAUCAGCCGAAUUGCACAGGUUUGACGGUGCAGCCUGUACCCAAAGAUGUCACAUCAAACAUCAAAAGCUUGACUCAUUCAAAGAAUUCCAUUCUUGCUGAGAAGGCUUUACAGCUUCCCUCUGCAAAGGAGGAAAUUGAAACAGUAUCUUCAUCAAGAAAUGAGGUCCCCCUGCAGAAUUCAAAAUCAAGAUUUGAUAGUUCCAACGCUUUUACAGGCUCUAUUGUAGAGCGUUCUGGCAAUUUAAAGACUAGUUCACAAGACCAAACUGCGACUUCUUCACAGACAGCAGUACGGACUUCAAAAUCAGGAUUUGACAGCUCCAAGGCUUUUACAGGUUCUAUUGUGGAACGUGCUUGCACCGUAUCAUCUUCACAUGAACAAACUAAGACUUCAUCACAGCCACCCAAUCCCCAACCUUCAAAGCCAGUUUCUAGAUUCAAGCUGCAGAGAAAGUAGCACCCAGUGUUUUUAAAAUACAUGAAAAUGAAGAAAAUCAGGCCUGUGUUUGCAUUUCGAGCAACUUGUAAGACACCAACUUGUGCUGAAACGGGCCUUGUCUUUUUGAUCUUGAGGCAUUGGAACAGUCUCAUACUGAAGACUCAACCGUAUCAAAUUAUGAAUAUUUAUCGAGUUGUAUCAUGUCUGGUAGACGUUUAGUAGAUAUAUAUUAUGUUAUUAAUUCA